AUGUAUCCAAGCCAAGGCCACGGAAGGCCUGGCGCAUACCCACCGCAGCAUCCCCCAAGUUGGGGGCCAGGACAAGCAUGGCCGCAGCAAAUGAUGCCGCACCAACCUGGUCAACAGAUGGGACCACACAUGCAAUCUCACAUGCUUCCGAUGCAGUAUCCUGCGCAGUAUCCUGCGCCGUAUCCUGCGCAGCCACCGAUGCAGCCACCCAUGCAGGCACCGAUGCAGCCACCGAUGCAGCCACCAAUGCAGCCCCCAAUGCAGCCCAUGCCAGCGAUGGGGAGUUCUUGGCCGCUUUCGCGACCGAAAGCGCCCACGACCAUCCCCCCGCACUGGACUGCACAGACUGCAGGCUACAACCCCGCAGGGGACCCGUUGCUAGGCCAAUCCUUCGGCCAGUCUUUUGGCGGCUCUUUCGGCCAUGGCGGGACACCGUCGGUGACAACGACUGCGCAACCCGACAGCUUUGGAGGAGCUGUAGCUUCGAACCAUGUUCCUCAUACAGAUCUGAGCGGCACGCUCGCCGGCAAUGGGGAGCAUGUUGUCGAAGGCGGAGGAGGCCAUGACGAGCAUCAUCACGAGAUGUGGCUAGUGCAGAGCAUCCAGGCAAGCCCAUGGAGAUUCUAUUUCGGCGGGUUUUUCUGCCUUCUGUCAUGCUUCCUGCUCAUCGGUUUUCUGCUGCUACUGGGUGUUCCGAUACUGGACCCCCGCCCAAAUGAUAUCGUGCCUGUCAUUCUUCGAGAACACAUUGCCAAAAAGAGGCAGGAUGCAGGCCGAAGUCUCAAGGAGGUUGCCUUGGCUUGUCCUGGCUGUGAAGAUUUGAUGGAGCGAUCUGAGCGAAUGUUCUAUCUGCACAUCAUAUACGAAGUGGAACACGAGUCUGGCACUCUCUGGGAAGCUGACAUUCUCCAAAGUAUCCAUGAAGUGGAGCAGAAAGUCUUCGAGGCAAAGGGCCUCGGACCCGAUGGCAAGGAGUGGGCUUUUACGGAUAUGUGCUUGCUGGCGAAACCUGACGAAGAGCUCAAGGGACUGGGUCGGGAGUUGCCGAAGACACCGAAGUGCGCCUUUGCACUUUCUCCCCUUCUUUUCCUGGCGGACAAAGUGCUGCCUUUAGCGGACCCUCCACCUUUUCAGCUGAAGAACCUACGCCGAACGGGCUAUCUGUGGAUCAACGAGUCGCACCAUCAGUGGACAGAUCACUUGACACGCUGCAUCGUACCUCCCAAGGAGGCACAGAAGGAAGAGAUGGGGAAGGUCACUGGCAGUUGGUUCAUGAGGAAGGCCACAGAGUAUUACGACAAAAGGUUGGGCCAGGACCCCGGCGAGGACAUUGUGGAUUCUUGGUGCAGCGCUGCAUCCAGCCACCUGCCCUCGGAGAUGAGAAAUUGUGGCUGCCUUGCCCUUAUCUACAACGACGUCCAAAUGGCACAGAACUGGGACAUCGGCCUGCAGCAGAUGUGGGAUUUCGAGAAGGGCUUCCAGAAGCUCAAGAACCCCGAGGCCAGCACAUACGUCGCAAAGGUCCUCGAUUAUUGGACAAGCUACGAUGAUGACUCGGUUGAGCUAUGCCGACGCAACUCCGAGAAAUGUCCAUGGAGGAAUGCUGAUCGCAGAAAGGAUGCGAAGUUAUGGAGCAACCAAGCCUGCAGCGAUGCUGGACACAUGGCGCAGCGCAGACGUAAUGCAAUGUUGGAGAGCCAAACAUGUGGAGACCUUGAGGGCGACAAUGCUGGACAUGCAUUUUAUGCACGGCGUCGGGUGUUGGAUCGUGUUAUUCCGCAUCCUUUCGUGAUGGCGGUGCCGAUGCCGUUUUACACCACGAUUGGAUCACAAUCGGAUCAACGACAGGAGUGGAUUCGAGCAUCGGACGGCGUCGUUGGUCUGGUGGUUGCGAGUGCCGACGUCGAAAUUCUCCUCGCGAUCUUCCGAAAGGCUGGUCCUGCCAAGGGGACAGGCCGGGUCGACGGGCUCGAGAACCUGCCCCCUGAGGAAGAACUCGUUCUCUUCCCCAAGAGAUUCCCGAAUCUCUUCAGCGUGUUUCUUGGGUUGGAGAUGACGAUGCGGGAAGCUGCAAAAUCCGAGAGUAUGGUACUUGCACCAAACGGAACACCCAGGACUGCCUGGCAGUUUGGGUGGAUGUCUCUUGCCAACCUCAGGAUGUCUUUCGAUGCUAACAGUCUCCAAAACGGGAGCCCCUUGCUGAAGCAGUACAUCGCCUACAACAUCCCCCGAGAUGCACGUUGGAUCACAGCAUCCAUUUUCUUCAUGCUGGGGUACAUCUCUUACACAACGGGCUCCGUCUUCCUCGGUGUCUCUAUCAUAGCGAUGAUCGUCUUCGCCUUCGGGCCGGCACUGUUGCUCUACACCAUCGUCUUCGGGCAAAGGUACAUCGGAUUGCUGCACCUCAAUGGCCUCUUCAUUAUCUUGGGUGUGGGCGUGGACGACGCCUUCGUCAUUAUGGAUGCCUUUGGCCAAGAGAAGGCCGAAGCUGAAGCGGAAGGACGACCCACCAACUUCAGUGCCAUCAUGUCUCCAGCGGUGCACCAUGCCUCGAAGGCUUGUUUGUGCACCUCUUUGACAACCUUCUUUGCCUUCGCCUCGAACUCGGUCUCUGACUUCCCGUCAAUCCGAACCUUCGGCAUGUUCUGUGCAUGCCUCAUCGUAACAAACUUCUUUAUUGACUUCUCCUUCUUCCUGGCAAUCGUCGUCCCGGUGUGUGCGAACGAGCGCCUGAAGAAGCCGAAGUCUGCACCAGCGCCCUCGAUCGAGGAGGCAGAUACGCUGCGACCCAUGGAGAAGUGGUUUCAUGACACUUUCUUCCUUUUUGUCAAGACCUUCAAGUUUCCACUGCUCGGUGUCUUCGGUGUGUGGGCCGGUGUUUGCAUGUGGACUGCCACCUACGUCACGCCUGACCCGAACAUGCCCAAAGUUUUCAUGCCGAGCGACAACUACGAGCGCUUUCUGCCCACGCUGGCGAAGAGAUACGAGAAGACCUUUAAUCCCUUCCGGCUGAAGGUCCGAAUCCAUCUUGGUGUCGAUGCAGAUGAUCCCAUCAAUCGAGGAACUACGCCUGACUACAACGACUGCUUCUUCAAUUGCGCAGGGCAAAAGCCAAACUAUGUUGAUCUCUUCGCCACUGCUGGCCAGCACACGAUCGAGAGCAAAAGCAAGCAGUGGAGAAUGCAGAACAUCACCCAGAAUCUUUGCGAAAUAUUGGAGGAUGCUUCCGAAUGGGAUGGAGACGAGUCCCGGCUCUCCGAGCACCAACGCGAGUACCCGUUCCUUCGGGUAGCUUCUGCAGAAGAUCUGGCCGGUUUGCCUCCAGUCAAAUGUGUUUUCCGUGACUUCGAGCAUUGGAUUAACACAAUGAACGCGGCGGCCAAACACACCGCUGGAGCUGAAGAGCGCAAGGAGUUUCCUUCCAGCAACUUCUGUUGUGGGGCGGACUCAGACUUCGUGAAGUUUCUCUCGUCGCCAAUGCCUCCUUCGAACAAGAUGUAUCAAUCGGGGCAGCGCAACAUGGAAUUCUUCCAGGAUGAGGUUUUCUUUGACCGUGUAGAUGGCGAACUCGUCCUCCGUGCCAUUGUCAUUGAAGUGGCAUUGAAGACGACUUGGCAGAUCCCUUACUUGGACGGAAUUGAGCUCAACCGCCAUUGGGACAAGUUCGUUCAAGAUUUUGCUGCAAGAGAAGCAAAGCAGGACAUGAUGCCAAAGUUGCCGAAGGCUAUCUUCGCUACGGACAUGUUUGCAUUCCACUGGUUCCAGGUGCAGGACGCGAUGAACUCUGAAGUCUUCGAUGGUAUCAAACUUUCUCUGUUUCUGGCCUUCCUAGUGCUUCUCGGAGCAACUCAGAAUGUGUUCCUCGCUCUGAUCUCUGUCUCAUGCAUCGUCGCCAUUGUCUCCUCCGUGCUGGCUUUUGCCGUCUGCAUGGACUGGAAGACCAGUGUGUCGGAGGCGAUCAUAUACGUGAUGGUAAUCGGCCUCUCCGUCGACUACGUGAUCCACCUAGGCGACGCUUACCUGGAGUGUCCCGACGAGAGCCGAGAGGACCGGGUGCAAUUCAUGGUGACCAAGAUGGGUGUGUCUGUUAUCUCCGGAGCCAUAUCUUCUGCUGGAGCUGCCAUCUUCAUGACGUUCUGCCAGAGUUUGUUUCUCAUCAAAUUUGGGAUCGUGAUCUGCUUCGUCAUUAGCGUCUCCGUGGUGACCUCUCUGGUCUUCUUUUCUGCGCUUCUGCUUGUGGCUGGACCAAGCGGCGAGUCUGGCAGUUUGGCUCCCGUUCUGCGCCUCCUGAAGCUGCGGAAGCAAGCUCUUGCAGAGACUCCAGAAGACACAUCGCAACCCCCGCCUGAAGAGCCGCCGAAGGUGCAACCACGGCUCUACUCCUCGGUUGUAAGAUACCGGAAGAGCCUGGCCCGUGCCAGCAUGGCCGCUGCUGAUGCGCGAGAGCUGGCGCGGGAGUUGGGUGCUGCUCCGCCGAGCCAGGAAGUUGAGCUGACAGCGAUGGCCCAAAGUCCAGCGGCAUGUGCUGAGAUGGAGUACUCUGAAACUUCAAGGCCGGUCUCUCACCAAGAGAGCGAAGUGGUUGACCUCCGUGAUCUGCGAGAAUGA